AUGGCUGACCCCUCCAAGCCUGGUGUCUCUUUUGGCAUCACUGGCAUCCCUGCUGAGAAUGUCGAGCAUCGAACCAAAGACAUUCCCUAUGCGCCAGGAAUGCCCCUUCGUCGGGAAAUCAGCACGCUAGCCAAACCGAAGGAGCCGAAAGACGAGAGGCAAUGGACUCUCUAUGUCCUGGCACUCGAAAGGUUCAAGAAUCUUCCCGUGGAUGAGAAGCUGUCCUACUUCCAAGUCGCUGGGAUUCACGCCUAUCCCCAGCUGACCUGGGAUGAGGGCGAACCUUCGAAGAAGGGCGGAUUCUACUGCACCCAUGGCCAGUUGACCUUCUCCACCUGGCACAGGGUGUACAUGCUUCUCUUUGAGCAACUCGUCUGGAAGCACAUGAAAGUUAUCAUCGAGGAGUGGAAGCUUGAGAAAGAUGAGGAUUCCAUCUGGAGGGAGGCAGCUGACACGUGGCGCCUGCCUUACUGGGACUGGGCUCGUCGCCAGGUCUAUGCCGAGACCUUUGCUCUCCCAGAAGUGCUGACCAUGGCAACCGUCAAGAUCUUCCCCCCCAAGAGCAAGGCAGAGCUGUAUGAGGAGAAAUACCCCAAUCCCCUCUAUGGGUUUGACAACCCAGAGAAGGACAAGGAGACUGGGGAUCCGCUGCCUUUUGGCAAGAUGCCAAAGGGCAAGGAGAAGUACAACAUCAACGACAAUCAAAAGGACAAGAACCCUAUUCCCAACAAGCCCGCCUCUGACAGAGUCCUCCCCUGGUCCCUUACCAACAGCACCGGACGCUGGGCUAUCCAGAUCAAGCCUGGAAAGAUGUACACUGGCCUCGACGGCGUCAACAACUUCAUGGCCGCCAACCGAUUCUUUGGAGCAAGCGCCAUUGGGAAAGUGGCGCCCAGGUGGGUACGUCAUAACCCUGGGAACCUGUCUGAAAAGGUCAAUCGCAUGAUGACAGAUUACACAUGGGGUCUAUUUGCAUCUACAAAGUGGAGAGCGGAACAUCGCAAAGACUCGAACAACUUCUCAUCCCUCGAAGCGAUCCACAAUACUGUUCAUGGAGUUACUGGUGGAACUGACUUCGACACGGGCGUGGGGCACAUGUCAGCUGUCCCCGUGGCCGCCUUUGAUCCUAUCUUCUGGCUCCAUCACUGCCAAAUCGACCGCCUGUUGGCCAUGUGGCAGUCAUUGAACUGGAAACGCUGGUGGGAUGAGAGCGCCGACAAGCAUCCUGUUGACCCGGACCUGCCCGGCGAAGCUGCCCCCCCCAGGCGUGACAUCGCGCCAAAUGAGGAUCUCAAGCCUUUCCACAGACAUGACGGAAAGCCCGAGUACUGGAAUUCAGACGACUGCCGAGACUGGACCAAGCUUGGUUACCAGUAUGAUGACCUUGUUCCUCACCCUGAUGCAGUCAAGGACGGUUAUCUUGAUGAGGAGCACUACAAGACAGACCUUCUGGCAUACGUCAACAGCACUUACCCUGGAGCCGCACUGGCUGUAAGCAAGAUCAGAGGACCAGGUAUCGAGACCCCCGAUGGCCUUUCAGAUAAGAAGGGCGCACCUUUCCCAGACUACGUCAUCAACGUUGUCUAUGACCGCUACGCAUUGGGGGGGAUUUCGUACUCGAUCAAGUUCUGGCUUGGCGGCCCUAGUAACGAACCCCAAACGAACGAGGUGGAGGAGAACUACAUCGGCGAAGUCUUUACUUUCACAGGAAGUUUCUCGAGUGCGGGAGGCUGCGAGAACUGCAGGCGCCAGGCUGAGGAGGGGGCCCUUUCCUUUGACCAGGUGCCCAUCACCAUCCCACUGCUGGGCCACAUCUUCGAUAAGGCCAAGGACCAUCCCAUCGAGAAUCUCACCGACAAGGAGGUCGAGGAGUAUCUCAAACUCCAUCUGGGCUGGACCUAUGUCCAGCACGGAGGCCACAAGCUCAACCCAGAGGAGUUCCCAAAGACCGAGAUCUCUGUAAUGAAGGGCCAAGGAGUUCCCCAAUACACCGAGCCCGAGCAGAAACUAGAAGCCGAGCUGGUUUCUAUCGCUACCAUGUCGGUUGCCUCUUUGGACUCUCUGCCAGUCAACCCCGUGGCCAACCUGUCCCAGGCAACAAUCGACGAGCCCAAGUCGCGUGCUCUGCCUCCCACCUACUCCCAGUACGAGCCCAUCUAUGAUGCUACCGAUGGAAAGACGGGAGGCCUCAACCGCCCGUCUUGA